UUUCCAUCCAUAUCCAAUUCCCAUUUCCGCCGUAUACACUCUUCUUCUUCUUCUUCUUCUUCUUCCCUUCAUCCCCAUCCCGUUUACAGCUCAUCCUCCCCAUCCCAUCAGUGGGGGCACUCUAGUCAAUUCACACCACUCCUCUGUCGUCACCUUCACUUAAAGACAUUUUAAUCAUCAGCUUUUUGCUCAGCCCACCGGCAAAAGAAAGGUUUUCUGACCCAAUAUGUCGCCGGCGGCGGACGGGGUCAAUGCUCCGCUACUUGGGGAGCAGGAGAAGGAAAGGAGGAGGAGGAGGCAGGGCUCGGUUACCGGUGCGGUGUUCAAUGUCUCCACCAGCAUGAUCGGAGCGGGGAUCAUGUCCAUCCCGGCGACGCUGAAGGUGCUCGGUGUGGUGCCGGCGUUCCUGAUGAUCGUCGCCGUCGCCUGGCUGGCCGACGUCUCCGUCGAGUUUCUGGUGAGGUACACGCACUCCGGGGAGGCGACGACGUAUGCAGGGGUUAUGAGGGAGGGGUUUGGUGGGUUUGGGUCCGCGGCGGUGCAGAUCUGCAUCAUCGUUACCAACUUUGGGUGCUUGAUCAUUUACUUGAUCAUCAUCGGGGAUGUUUUGUCAGGGACGGAGCAGCAUUUAGGGGUGCUGCAAGAAUGGUUUGGGGUUUCAUGGUGGAACACUCGAGCUUUUGCACUCUUUCUGGUUGUGAUCUUUGUUAUGCUUCCUUUGGUCCUGUUCAAGCGAGUUGAGUCAUUGAAGUGCAGUUCAGCCGUAUCAGUUCUCUUGGCAGUGAUUUUCGUUGGGAUAAGCUCUGUGAUGGCUGUCUAUGCCCUCAUACAAGGCAAAACCAACAACCCUAGACUGUUGCCUGAGCUAGACAGCAAUUCCUCAUUCUUUGAGCUCUUCACUGCUGUCCCUGUCAUCGUCACAGCUUUCACAUUCCACUUCAAUGUACAUCCCAUUGGAUUCGAGCUGGGGAACCCAUCGAUCAUGCUCUCAGCAGUCAGAAUCUCGAUGGUCCUUUGUGCAGCCAUCUACUUUGCAAUCGGCAUAUUCGGUUACCUUCUCUUUGGGGAAUCCAUCAUGGCAGACAUACUCGUCAACUUCGACAGGACUGCUGAUACAGCAGCUGGUGCAUUGCUCAAUGACAUUGUGAGGCUGAGCUAUGCACUUCACCUGAUGCUGGUCUUCCCCUUGUUGAACUUCUCGUUGAGGGCGAACCUCGACGAAUUCCUCUUCCCCAAGAAACCCCUUCUGGCGAAAGACACCACCAGAUUCUUGGCCAUCACUUUCGCUUUGCUGCUACUGAGUUACUUGCUGGCGAUUGCCAUACCGAACAUAUGGUACUUCUUUCAGUUCAUGGGAUCGACCUCUGCAGUUUGCCUCGCCUUCAUUUUCCCCGGUUCGAUUGUACUGAGGGAUGUUUAUGGGAUAUCAACAAGGAGGGACAGAGUGUUUGCAGCAGGAAUGAUAGUUCUGGCUGUGAUAACAAGCGCCAUUGCCAUAUCGAGCAAUGUCUACACUCUGAUUGGGGAUAACCAGUAGUGUUUGCUUCUGGUGACCCUUCACACGUUUGGUUCAGAGGCUUUUCCCUGGUUGGGAGUUGCUUUUACAUUUUUGUGUAUUCUUCUUCUGCCGUGGCGGUUUGUAUUGCAAGUGGAGUUAUCUCUCAGAAGCCAAAGCAGGUUUUUGUAAGUGUACGUCUGCAAAUCUCAAGCAAAAUAUUUGGGUUUAAAGAUUAGGGGGUGGGAAGAAAUUAUGGAUCAAACAAUACUUUUGCAAAGUUUAGAUCGGAACCAUAGAUGGUUGAGCAUGGGUUGACUUGUUCCGGUGGCAUGAUUUAAUUUCUUGGUCUGGUCACGGUUUGGAUCAGAUUGUAUAUUUAUUUUGUUUUUCAAUUCGUGUUAGCAACCCACUUUUGCUAUUUCCAAUCUGAGUCGCUAUUCGUCGCUCUAAAAUUUUAAAAUUUUCGCCCUAAACCACGC